GCCCCACCGAAGCCUCGUCACCAAGGGUCGCUUUGCGGAGCGACUCGCCAAUUCGAGGUUCCCAGUUUGCCGCUGAGUGCUGACCUGUGUACGGAGGAGUUAGCGUGCCUGACUACCUGUGCAUUCUACAACCCAGCACCAUUCGCAAAAUGCCAGACUCUCCACGCAGACGGUCGCGGUCACGUUCGCGAUCGCCACCGCGACGCCCAAAGGUGAGCGGCGGCUUCAAAUGGAAGGACAAACGCUCGGCCGACACCGACGACCGACGCGAUGACCGGGGCCUCCAGCGCGGGUACCGGGACCGUUCACCCAGGAGAGACAGAGAACGUGAUCGCGGUUUUGGAAGGGAUCGGGAUCGGGAUCGGGAUCGGGAUCGGGAUACUCGCGACAGAUCACCCAGGCGGGACCGGAGCCGGGACCGCGAUCGGGAGAGAGAACGAGACAGGGACAGGGACAGGGACAGAUACCGCAGAGACCGCUCCCCGCGAAGCAGCAACAAUAGUCGGCCUAGCGACCGCGAUCGUGACGCGAAACCAAAACCUAAGAAAGAAAGGCCAGCGGCAGCACCAACAAACCCUGGCGAAGAAAUGAUUGUCGUCACGGUCAACGACCGCCUCGGCACCAAGGCCCAGAUCCCGGCCUUCCCCAGCGACACAAUCGGCCAGUUCAAGAUCAUGGUCGCGAUGAAGAUCGGGCGAGAGCCGCACGAGAUCUUGCUCAAGAGGCAGGGGGAGCGGCCAUUCAAGGACGCCAUCACGCUGGGUGACUAUGGAAUCUCGAACGGUGUGCAGCUAGAUCUGGAGGUGGAUACGGGGGAUUGAGCGACUUGUUCCUCCCACCACUUGUCAGCACGACUGCAGGCCGCGGUCCCUUCGUGGGCGGUGGGUGGUGGAAGGGCACGCAUGGAGAGGUCUCGAGUGGAUGCGCUGCUACAGUGGCAGCCAACUUGCAAGGACAUCACUAUCUGCUGCUGAGGGCUCGACUACCAGAAUGGCUUCGUUCUCAAUAUUCUCCUAGUUGAGGCUUUCUUGCUGGAAGGCCACAGCUAGCCUAGUCCCGUGAGGAUGACCCAGUCUCACUCUCCUCCUCUUCUCAGUCGUUGAUCUCCCAUCUUCAUCCCCUCCCUGACAACUUCUGCCAUAGAAUACCAAAUUAAUUGACAACUUCAAUUGAUCUACUGCGUAGCCUAGUAAUGCUCUAACUGUCGUGUGUAUUA